AUGUCUUACUCGUCUGUUGCAGUGCGUUAUUUCACAGCUCCCAAGCCGCUAGGGAAAGCCAUGGAGCCUGCUCGAUCCCAACCGUCUUCAACGCCCUUGACAGUGAAUGGGUCGGCCAAACAGGGAUUAACGUUUGCCAACCAAGACUCCCUCCCCAAGCUGCCUAUUCCCGAGCUGGAGCAGACUUGCCAGAAGUAUCUCGAAGCCUUGGCCCCGUUGCAGGCACCUAGGGAGCAAGACGAGACGAAAGCAGCUGUCCAAGACUUCCUCCGGUCAGAAGGACCCGUUCUUCAGGAGAAGCUCAAGAACUAUGCUUCAUCAAAGACAAGUUACAUAGAGCAAUUCUGGUACGAUUCAUACUUGAAUUAUGAUAGCCCUGUUGUUCUGAACCUCAACCCUUUCUUUCUGCUGGAAGAUGACCCCACCCCUGCGAGAAACAACCAAGUGACGCGGGCAGCUUCGCUUGUCGUCUCUGCUCUGUCCUUCGUCCGAGCCGUCAGGCGGGAGGAGCUGCCCCCAGACACUGUCCGAGGUACUCCUUUGUGCAUGUAUCAGUACUCUCGUUUGUUCGGAACAGCGCGCGUGCCCACCGAUAAUGGAUGUGUCAUCAGUCAAGAUCCUCAUGCAAAGCAUAUUGUUGUCAUGUGUCGUGGCCAGUUUUACUGGUUCGAUGCCCUGGAUGAGAACAAUGACCUGAUCAUGAACGAGAAGGAUAUCGCUGUCAACCUUCAGGUCAUCAUCGGCGAUGCGGAGCAGACUCCUAUCCAGGACGCUGCGAAGGGGGCCCUUGGUGUGCUGAGUACCGAGAAUCGUAAGGUCUGGUCGGGUCUGAGGGAUAUUCUCACCAAGGACGAAGGCUCAAACAACGCGGAGUGUCUGAACAUUGUCGAUACCGCGCUCUUUGUUCUCUGCCUGGACUACACGGAACCACACAACACCUCCGAGCUUUGCGCGAACAUGCUCUGCGGAACAAGUGAGGUCAUUAGAGGGGUCCAAGUUGGCACAUGUACGAACCGUUGGUAUGACAAACUGCAAAUUAUCGUUUGUAAGAACGGUAGCGCGGGCAUCAACUUUGAGCAUACCGGCGUUGACGGACACACGGUGCUUCGAUUUGCCAGCGAUGUUUACACUGACACAAUUCUCCGCUUCGCCCGCACCAUCAACGGCCAAGCACCUAGCCUGUGGGCAACAUCGAGCCCGGAUCCUGCUAAGCGUGACCCUCGGAGUUUUGGUAACGUCAGCACAACUCCGCGCAAGUUGGAGUGGGACAUGGUACCCGAGCUCAGCAUUGCCUUACGAUUUGCAGAGUCGCACCUGUCUGAUCUCCUUAAACAGCAUGAGUUCCAAGUGCUGGACUUUACUGGAUUUGGCAAGAAUUUUAUCACCUCCAUGGGGUUCUCACCCGAUGCGUUUGUACAGAUGGCGUUCCAGGCAGCAUACUACGGGCUUUAUGGGCGACUGGAGAAUACCUACGAGCCAGCCAUGACCAAGUCCUUCCUGCACGGCCGAACAGAGGCCAUUCGGACGGUUACCAGCGAAUGUGCUGAUUUUGUCACAACCUUCUGGGGGGAGAACCCGGCGGAGCAGAAGGUGAAUGCGCUUCGGAAAGCAACAGAGAAACACACGGCCAUUACGAAGGAAUGCUCUAAGGGUCAGGGACAAGACCGACACCUCUACGCACUGUACUGUCUCUGGCAGCGAUCCUUUGAUGACGGGGCGUCGUCGGCCAGUAACAGUGUCUCAGAAGGCACCAAUGGCUAUACCAGCCCUGUAGAUGGCGAGUCGAUCUCAUCGCCGAAAUCUUCUGGCCCGAUGUCAGAAGAUGGGCUUUCGUCGACCGGCUACAGCAUUCGUGGCGUGCGCACCAUGCCGGCCAUCUUCAGUGAUGCUGGUUGGGACAAGAUCAACACCACGGUGCUGUCGACUUCAAACUGCGGGAACCCGUGCUUACGCCAUUUCGGAUUCGGACCGACUUCCGCGGAUGGCUUCGGAAUUGGCUACAUAAUCAAGGAUGACACGAUCUCGUUCUGUGCCUCCUCAAAGCAUCGCCAGACCCAACGAUUGAUGUACACACUGGAGUCUUAUCUGCUCGAAAUCCGGAAGCUGCUGCGUGCCAUCAACCAGCGACCGGCGAGUCCGCGCACAAGCCGGGCCCGCGAGAUGGAGAUGAUCGCCGAGCGGCUCCAGAGUGAUCACCGCCGGGGCCGGAUCGUCCGGAGCGACGCGAGCCAUCGGGGAGCCGAGACGCCCACAACGGACAGCGGAGAAAUAGAGGAUGAUGGCAUGGGCGGAUAUGGGUUCUUCGAUGCCGGGAUGUUGCUUCAUGCACUGAAGGGGAUCAAUGCAGACCGGGAGCGUGGCACGGACAAGCCGGAGAAACGGCGAUUUGUCGGAAAGAAGCUGCGGCUGAAUGACUAUUGA